AUGCUGCUGAAACUCCUGCAGAGACAGACCUAUACCUGCCUGUCCCACAGGUAUGGGCUGUAUCUCUGCUUUGGGGGCAUGGUGCUGAUGAUCGUCUCUGCUCUGCAGUUCGGAGAGGUGGUGCUGGAGUGGAGUCGGGAUCAGUAUCAUGUUCUGUUUGAUACUUACCGGGACAACAUUGCUGGGAAAUCAUUUCAGAAUAGGCUAUGUCUCCCCAUGCCUAUUGAUGUGGUAUAUACCUGGGUAAAUGGUUCAGAUCCAGAACUUGUGAAACAGCUUCGGGAUGUACGUGAACAGAUGGAAGAAGAACAGAGGGCGUUAAGGGAUCUUCUGGGAAGCAAUAGAACUGAGCCAACAAGAAAGGGUAUUCAGCUCUCGAUGGGGCAAGGUGCAUAUGGCUCCAAUGUCAAACAGGGCAUUCCCCCCUUCUCCCCCAAGGAGACCGCUGCUUUG